GGUUGUUUGUGCGCGUGUUGCUUUGCGUCUGGACGCAGUUACGUCACCUUUUAACUAAAGUUACACUUCUGAGACGCAGUUUCACUGUAAUGUGAUUUAAACGCGACAUAAUCCUCCAGAAAAGGCCACAAGUUGUUUUCUUCUUUUUUUUAAAACAAGUCUGUAUUUUAAUCACCCGCGUGUCCCUCCGCCGCCUCCUCCUCCUACGCUGAUUGGAAAGUGAACGCACGCGCGCAAAGCGGAUGCCGGGAGCGCACGCAGCGUUUGCGGCGAGCGGUGUGCGUCAGUGAGCCUGCGCGGCUCGAUGUGCGACGGCAGCAGCAGCAGCGACAGUGACAGGAGGAAGACGACGUCGACGGACGGCUUGUUCGCGUGGAGGCUGCACGUCGGACCCAAUGGCACCGAGCACCCGCUGAGCGCGAGCGGCGGCGGCGGGAGGGCGCACAAGUGGCGAGUCGCCGGGUGGGUCGGGGGUCUGCGCGUGAAACUCAAAGAAGUCGGCAUGGACGGCAAAGGCACGCUGAAGAUGUUCGUCCGGAAGAAGCGCGAGCUCAUAAAGACGAACUCCAUCUCGAAGAAGAGCCGAGCAGGAAGCCCCGCGAGCGCGCUGUCCCUGUCCAGCCUGCAGGAGCAACCUCGGAGGGAUGCGGGCGACGCCGGCCUGUCCUCUUCGUCUUGGUCGUCCUCUUCCUCUUCGACUCUCACGCCGACGUCCGCCGGGCCGCAGGACCCGUCCCUGUGCUGCCCGAGCACGGCGAGCACCCAGCACGGCAAGCUGGCGGCGGCGAUGCACGGCGUGGGCUGCCCGUCGCCCGUGAGCACCCUGAGGAGGCCGACGGCGCUCAGCCGGCACGCCAGCGCCGCAGGUUUCCCGCUCCAGUCGUGGGUGUUCACCAAAGGCCCGGGCAAAGGGGCCGUGACCCCGACGACCCCGUCCGACGGCCCGGAGAGCACGGCCAUCGAGGUGGAGGACAUCCCCGCCCUGCUGAGGGACGUGGCGCGCUUCGCCGAGGCCGUGGAGAAGCUGAAGGACGUCGUGUUGGCCGAAGGUAAAAAGGAGAGUCAGCGGCCUGUGGCCCACGAGUGCCUGGGGGAGGUCCUCCGGGUGCUGCGUCAGGUCAUCAGCACCUACCCUCUGCUCAACACCGUGGAGAUCCUCACCGCCGCCGGCAAGCUCAUAUCCAAGGUCAAAGGUUUCCACUACGAGUCGUGCAACGAGGCGGAUAAGAACGACUUCGAGAAGGCGAUUGAAACCAUCGCCGUUGCUUUUAGCAGCAAUGUGUCUGAGCUGCUGAUGGGGGAGGUGGACAGCAGCACGCUGCUCUCCCUGCUGCCCACCGAGAAGAGCAGGUCGAUGGAGAACCUGUACGCUACCACAGGACAGGGAGCAGACGGCCAGUUCAGGAGCGACCUGCAGGACAUGGGCCGAACCGAGGAAGUGGACGUGAUCCUCCAGAACAGCGAGGGCGGCGUGGACUCCGCCCUCCUCUACGCCAAGACCAUCUCCAAGUACAUGAAGGACCUGAUGAGCUACGUGGAGAAGCGGACGUCGCUGGAGGCGGAGUUCUCCAAAGGAAUCCAGAGGCUGUACCAGUCCUGCAAACACAGCAUCACACACCCCCAGAUGCCCCUCUUCUCCAUCUACUCUCUGGCUCUGGAGCAGGACCAGGAGCAGAGUGUGGGGCUGCAGCAGGCCAGCACCACGCUGCACACCCAGACCUUCAUCCAGCCGCUGAUGCAACGCAAACAGGAGCACGAGAAGAGACGGAAGGAGAUCAAGGACCACUGGAUCCGAGCCAAGAGGAAACUGAUGGAGUGUGAGGUGAACCUGCGGAAAGCCAAGCAGGUCUACACGGUCCGCUGCGAGGAGCACGAGAAGGCCAAGGCGGCCGCCUGCCGGGCCGAGGAGGAAGGGGGCGGAGCUACAGCCAAGUCCGUGGAGAAGAAGAAGCGGCUGGAGGAAGAGGCUCGCAACAAGGCCGACGAGGCGGAGGCCACCUACCGGACGUGCAUCGCGGACGCCACCACCCAGCAGCUGGAGCUGGAGCACACGAAGGUCACGGUGCUGAGGCAGCUGCAGGACGUCAUCAAGCAGAGCGACCAGACGCUGCGCUCGGCCACCAUCUCGUACUACCAGCUCAUGCACAUGCAGACGGUGGCCCUGCCGGUCCACUACCAGACGCUGUGUGAGAGCAGCAAGCUGUACGACCCGGGCCAGCAGUACGCGGCCCACGUGAGGGACCUGCAGCUGCCGGAGCAGCCGGCGGCGCUCUACGCCUUCGAGAGCUACUCCCCCUCCAGCGCCUCGGCCCACCACAGAACGAGGAACGACAGUUUCACGGCGGAGCACACGGCCCCCCCGACGGACGCGGCGUCCAGAGAGGCCGAGGCGCACCGCAAGAGGCAGAGCCACAAGUCGUGGGGCUCGACGGUGAGCGACGACAGCGUGGGAGGAUACGGGGGCCCCGAGUCCCCGAGCGCCAGCGCGAGUGAGAACCCGGAACGCCUCGAUGGCGACGUCCGGAAGGUCGCUCGCACGUCGUCCACCGGAACCGUGUCGUCCAAUGAGGACGCAGAGGAGAAGGACGGGAACGUGGCGUCGUUUGAAGCUCCAAACCUGAACGGCAUGGACCCCGACGUGGUGGUGUCCACCAGACCUUUCCGGAACGUCGGCCUGUCCAAAGCGGCGCAGACCCACCGGCUCCGGAAGCUGCGGACGCCCUCCAAGUGCCGCGAGUGCGACAGCUACGUUUACUUCCAGGGGGCCGAGUGCGAGGAGUGUUUCCUGGCGUGCCACAAGCGCUGCCUGGAGACUCUGGCCAUCCAGUGCGGCCACAAGAAGCUGCAGGGCCGCCUGCAGCUGUUCGGCCGAGACUUCUCCCAGGUUGCCGCCGGCGACGGCGUUCCCUUCAUCGUCACCAAGUGCAUCUCCGAGUUGGAGAGACGGGCGCUCAAGAUGAAGGGCAUCUACCGGGUGAACGGCGUGAAGACGCGGGUGGAGAAGCUGUGCCAGGCCUUUGAGAACGGGAAGGAGCUGGUGGAGCUGUCCCAGUGCUCCCCACACGACAUCAGCAACGUCCUCAAGCUCUACCUCCGACAGCUGCCAGAGCCCAUCAUGCUGUUCCGCCUGUACAACCGUCUGAUGGGUUUGGCGAAGGAGAGCCUCCAGGGCGACGCCGAGACACCGGAGGAGGUGGAGUCGAGCGGCGUCAUCAACCUGGCGGCGGCCAAGGGGCCCGAGAUGGUGGACCUGGGCCCCGACACGGGCCCGGGGGUCCUGGUCCUGGUGGACAAGCUGAAGGAGCUUCUGAAGGAGUUGCCGAGGGCGAACAUCGCGACGCUGAGCUACAUCAUCCGCCACCUCCGGAGGAUUGCCGAGCUGGAGGAAGACAACAAGAUGAGUCCCAGUAACUUGGGCAUCGUGUUCGGUCCGUCCCUGAUGCGUCCCCGUCCCACCGGGGCCACGAUCUCGCUGUCCUCCCUGGUCGAUUACCCCCACCAGGCCCGCAUCGUGGAGUCCCUCAUCGUCUUCUACUCGUCCAUCUUCCAGUCCAAACCCGCUGCGUCCCACAUAACCAGCCGCUCUGGUUCCACCUCCACUCAGCAGGAAAGUAUUGCAGAUGACAAGACUGAGAGCUCAGCUGAUGCAGAGGAGGACGUAGGCAGCGAGGAGCCAAGUAAACCAGAAUCUGACAAGAUGGAGGAGGGAUGUGGAAGCUCCUUUGGGUCGCUGGGGUCCAGCGAGCAGCUCUCCGACUCGGAGCAGGACGAGAGCGGCCACCAGGCGGCGCUCUCCCGCAGCCCGGCGACGACGCAGGAGAGCGAGGCGAGAGUGGAAGACGACCAGCUGAGCUGCAGGGACAGCCUGGACCUGUCCAGCCGGUCCGCGGACCAGACCGACCCGGAACCGGACCGAGGUGGAGCAGAGCUCCCCGCGCUGCCGGACAGCGGCCCGCCAGACGAGGAGGUGGCGGCGGCGGCAGAGCGGGAACUGAGCGCCUCUCUGACCGAGCUCAACGUCAACAACAACAACAACAACCCGUUCUCCCCCGUAUUGACCCUGUCGGGGUUUCCACUGCCACGUCGGUGCAGAAAGAAAUUCCCGCUGACCAGAAACAAGGACAAUGAGCCCGAGUUUGUCUGACGCCGCCAUCAGAAUCAUUGUUCGUGUGAAGUUUGUGAAACGGGAUUAUCGAUCUGGUUUUUAUUUAUUAAAAUCCAGCAACACCUGCAUCUGAUGCGGCUGCCGCGUCAUGUACAUCAAGAUUUAAUAUUUGAUGCAUCAUCAGCCGUAUUGCGCCGCUUCCUGCCGCUUCGAGAGGUUUCGACUCGAUUGAUUAAAGCCAUGCUGCUGCUGCAGAGAUGAGUUUCAAACAUGUUUUACUAGUUGCUCCUGCGAGCUCGAGAAGUUACAUUUCAAUGAGCAGAAUUUCAAAGCAAAUUUGAAAUGCUGCCGGUUAUAUUUUAGCACUAAAAUAAUUUUAAAAAUAAAUGUUGCAGUCUCUUAUCAAUGUUGCCUCUAAUGCUAUUGUUAUGGAUGUUUGUUCUAUAAUAAACGUUUAAUUUUAAA